AUGGGAACGCUAAUAGACCGCUUUGAAGAACAUGAUGGCCCUGUUCGGGGUAUCGAUUUCCACAAGACGCAGCCAUUAUUUGUGUCCGGCGGCGACGACUAUAAGAUCAAAGUCUGGAGCUACGUUUCGAGGUGUCUUUUUACCUUGAACGGACAUCUCGACUACGUGCGGACGGUGUUCUUCCACCAUGAUCUCCCUUGGAUUGUCAGCAGUUCGGACGACCAAACAAUCAGAAUUUGGAACUGGCAGAAUAGAUCACUGAUCUGCACGAUGACCGGCCAUAACCACUACACGAUGUGUGCCCAGUUCCACCCCAAAGACGACCUCAUAGUCUCCGCCUCCCUCGAUCAAUCCGUUCGAGUGUGGGAUAUAUCAGGCCUUAGGAAGAAGCACUCUGCGCCGACGUCUUUGACCUUUGAGGACCAGAUGGCUAGGGCAAACGCCAACCAGGCCGAUAUGUUUGGCAACACAGACGCCGUUGUGAAGUUCGUUCUUGAAGGACACGAUCGCGGUGUCAAUUGGGUUGCGUUCCACCCUACGCUACCCUUGAUUGUAUCCGCUGGCGACGACCGUCUUGUCAAGCUUUGGAGAAUGUCGGAAACCAAGGCCUGGGAAGUCGACACGUGCCGAGGACAUUUCCAGAAUGCCUCCGCGUGUUUAUUCCACCCCCAUCAGGAUCUAAUAUUAUCUGUGGGCGAAGACAAGACGAUCCGCGUAUGGGACUUGAACAAGCGGACUUCCGUCCAAUCUUUCAAGCGAGAGAACGACCGUUUCUGGGUCAUUGCAGCUCAUCCGGAGAUUAACCUUUUUGCAGCUGGUCAUGACAACGGUGUCAUGGUUUUCAAGUUAGAACGCGAGCGACCAGCCUCCUCGGUCUACCAGAAUAACUUAUUCUACAUCACAAAAGAGAAGCACGUGCGCUCAUACGACUUUACGAAGAGCAUCGAGUCUCCAUCAAUGCUGUCCCUUAAGAAACUUGGGAGCCCAUGGGUCCCUCCUCGAACUUUGUCUUACAACCCAGCCGAGCGAGCCAUACUGGUCACUUCUCCCGCGGACGGUGGAUGUUACGAGCUCAUCAGCCUGCCCCGAGAUGCUACUGGAGCCGUGGAACCAACCGACACCAAACGUGGGACUGGAAACUCGGCCGUAUUUGUCGCGAGGAAUCGAUUCGCUGUGUUUACCCAGUCCAACCAGCAGAUUGACAUCAAGGACUUGUCAAAUUCGACAACAAAGACGAUCAAGCCUCCUCAUGGCACAACAGACAUCUACUUUGGCGGCACGGGAUGCCUUCUACUUGUCACUGCUACCUCCGUUGUGUUGUAUGACAUCCAGCGGAAAACUAACAUUGCCGAACUGGCUGUCAACGGCGUCAAGUACGUUGUUUGGUCCUCAGAUGGUCUACAUGCAGCUCUCCUGAGCAAGCACAACGUUACCAUCGUUACGAAGACCCUUGAGCAAGUUAGCACCCUCCAUGAGACCAUUCGGAUCAAGAGCGCGACAUGGGAUGACGCUGGCAUACUUCUUUAUUCCACUCUGAAUCAUAUCAAAUACACACUCAUGAAUGGCGACAACGGCAUUGUACGAACGCUAGAUACUACCGUCUACCUAGUCCGUGUGAAGGGCCGGAAUGUGUACUGCCUGGACCGUGCGGCGAAACCCAAGGUACUCCAGAUCGACCCGACCGAAUAUCGGUUCAAGCUCGCCCUAGUUAAACGAAACUACGACGAGAUGUUGAAUAUCAUCAAGACAUCCAGUUUAGUUGGUCAAAGCAUCAUUUCGUAUCUCCAGAAGAAAGGAUAUCCCGAAAUCGCUCUACAAUUCGUCCAGGAUCCACAGACUCGCUUCGAGCUUGCCAUAGAAUGUGGCAACCUUGAAGUUGCGGUUGAGAUGGCCAAGCAGCUUGACCGCCCGCAGCUCUGGCAACGCUUGAGUACCGAGGCUCUUGCUCACGGAAACCACCAAGUUGUAGAGAUGACCUACCAGAAGCUCCGCAAUUUCGACAAGCUCUCGUUCUUAUACCUUGCUACCGGCGAUCAAGAAAAGCUAAAACGAAUGGCCAAAAUUGCCGAGCACCGUGGUGACAUGACGGCACGAUUCCAGAAUGCGCUGUAUCUAGGAGACGUACAAAACCGGAUUGAUAUGUUCCAGGAGAUUGACCUUUAUCCGCUGGCAUAUAUGACCGCCAAGUCGCAUGGCCUGGAAGAGCAAGCCCAAUCAAUUCUGGAAGCUAGUGGACUCACUGAAGACCAGAUCAGUGCUCCAACUCUAGGCAAGCCGUUAACACCAGUGAGGCCAAUCGUUCCUACCUUUAAGGCCAAUUGGCCUGUUCGUGGCACAUCCUCAUCCAUCUUUGAGAAAGCAUUGAUGGGCCAGUCAGAAGGCAUCGAAGAUGAUGUGCCGGCUACGAAUGGCCACGGUGACGAAGACCUUUUGGAACCAGAAGUCAGUGCUACCGGCCAGCUGGACGAUGGAGAAGAGGACGAAGACGUGGGCGGCUGGGACAUGGGCGACGACGUCGAUGUCGAGGACGAGGGCGAUUUCGUCAACGUUGAGGGUGUUGAUGCGGGAGCUGGCAGUAGCGAAGCUGAUAUGUGGGCUCGAAACUCACCUAUUGCGGCUGACCACAUUGCUGCCGGCUCGUUCGAAACCGCGAUGCAACUGCUAAACCGACAGGUCGGCGCAGUCAACUUCCAGCCAUUACAAGCCCGGUUCGAAGAGAUUUACCAGGCAUCAAGGACUUUCCUCCCCGCCAAUCCAGGCUUACCGUCAUUGGUCAAUUACGUCCGCAGGACAGUUGACGAGACCGACUCGAGAAAGCUUCUCCCUGUCAUCCCUCGCGACCUCGAAUCCAUCACAGCCGGCGAAUUCCAGGGUGGAAAGUCUGCUAUGGUCAAGAACAAGCUUGAAGAUGGCGUGAAAAUCUUCAAGAAACUUCUCCUACUCCUUAUGGUAAACGCUGUGUCGUCACAGUCAGAGCUGAGCGACGCAAAGAAAACCAUCACAACCGCCGCCCAAUACAUCCUCGCCAUGUCCAUUGAGCUCCAACGCCGCGCCCUCAUCGCCUCCUCCCCAACCGACCUCUCCCCCUUCCCAGAAGACAUCAAGAAGCGCGCCCUCGAGCUCUCGGCCUACUUCACCGUCCCCGAGCUCGAGCCCCAGCACAAAGCCAUCACGCUCUUCACCGCCAUGAACUUCGCCAACAAAAACAAGCAGCAUUCGUCCGCGCUGUCUUUCGCCAACGGCCUCAUUGACCGCCCCGCCAACGCCAAGUUCAAGGAAACCGCCCGCAAGACAAAGGCGGUCUGCGAGCGCAACCCGUCGGAUGCUACCGAGAUUGACUUUGACACGUUUGCCGACUUUGAGGUGUGCGCGAAGAGCUACACGCCGAUUUAUGGCGGCAGUCCGAGCGCCGCGUGUCCGUUCUGCGCGGUCAAGUAUCAGGCAAAGUACAAGGGGACCGUGUGCAGUGUUUGUGAGGUUUGUCAUAUUGGGGCGCCGGCUAGUGGGUUGAGGCUUGUUGGGUGAGUGGGUAGACGAGCUUGUGACUGGAGGGUCAAUGGAUGCAGGCGCGGGCCAUCGACUUGAGUAAUCAGUGUCUAAGAACUGUCUCAGCCACAGUAACGAGUGAUGCGGAUUGCUGGGUGCUGGAGUGAGAGGGGAGCUUAGUGCCUUUCUGUUCUGUUAAAAAGCGAAUCGAAUGAAUGAUAGAAUAGAAAUCACGGAAGUGUGUUGUCAAUAUUCGGUGCCUACCGCGAUGAAACCGUAGGAAGAAGUCUUUGCGUGGUUCUUCUCCUUCGUCUUGUCCCAGGUAGUUCGUCGACAUGGGUGCCAUCAAUACACAUCAUCAUUCAUACCUCUCCUUGCAACCCUCCCCAUCCAUCCAUCCAUCCAUCC